AUGCUUUUCCCGCGACUCGAAGAAAACGCGUCAAUCGAUGAGCGCCUAAUUCAAAUUUGGCUGCUUAAGCUCAGGUGCCUUUUGGGCGCAUCAGAGAAAAUCGAUGCCCUGCGCGCACGAUCACUGGUCGAUGUGGAAUGGCUGCGAACUUUUAAGCAGACCGCGUAUGGCAAUGUUCUUGAAAUGUUGUUCAAACGUAUUCGGUCUCAGGCAUUCCAAAUAAAGGUAUGUUAUUAUGGAAUUGUGUUAUCUUUGUGUCCGCGUGACUUUAAGGGUAAAGGCAAUGCUGAUUUCUCUGGAAAAACAGUUCUUCUUGGGUAA